AUGCAGUUACAGAAGCAUAUGAAAAUAGCAGCAGGUUGCACCGGUGCCGCAGUAUUUGGUGUGAUCUUCGGUUGGGCUCUGUUCCCUGCAAUAUUGAAGAGCCAAUUAAAGAAGGAAAUGGCAUUAUCCAAGAAAACGGAUGUUCGAAAGAUGUGGGAGACAAUACCGUUUGCAUUGGAUUUCAAAGUCUACUUCUUCAACUUCACAAAUGCCGAUGAUGUCCAAAAGGGCGCUUUACCAAUCGUUAAAGAAAUUGGCCCAUAUCAUUUUGAUGAAUGGAAAGAGAAAUUGGAAAUAGAAGACCACGAAGACACAGAUACUAUUACGUACAAGAAGAGGGACACAUUCUACUUUAGAAAAGACCUCUCUGGCGCUGGACUAACGGGUGAAGAAGAAAUCAUCUUGCCUCAUGUUUUCAUGCUUGGUAUGGCUACAAUCGUUGCACGUGACAAACCAGCUAUGCUAAACAUGUUGGGUAAAGCUUUCAAUGGUAUCUUUGAUAGCCCAAAUACGACAUUUGUCAAAGUAAAGGUUAUGGACUUGCUGUUCCGUGGGAUUGUAAUUAACUGCGCCAGAACCGAAUUCGCCCCUAAAGCAGUAUGUACAGCGCUGAAGAAGGAAGCAGCAAGCCAACUUGUCUUUGAACCUAAUAAUCAAUACAGGUUUUCAAUAUUCGGCAUGAGAAACGCAACAAUUGACAAUCAUGUUAUAACUGUAAAACGUGGUAUAAAAAAUGUAAUGGAUGUUGGAAAGGUCGUUGCGAUCGACGAUAAGACAGAACAAAGCGUGUGGAAAGACGCUUGCAAUGCCUACGAAGGUACUGAUGGUACAGUAUUCCCACCGUUUUUGACAGAAUUCGAUAGACUUGAAUCUUUUUCUGGUGAUCUAUGCAGGACAUUCAGGCCCUGGUACCAAAAGAAAACUUCAUAUCACGGUAUCAAAACAAAUCGAUACAUCGCCAGUAUAGGCGAUCUUGCAAACGAUCCCGAACUACAAUGCUAUUGUGAAGCCCCUGACAAGUGUCCGCCAAAGGGUUUGAUGGACUUAACAAAAUGUAUUGGAGCCCCGAUGUACGUUUCGCUGCCACAUUACUACGACAGUGAUCCAGAACUAUUGAAAACCGUUAAAGGCCUCAACCCUGAUGUCAAUGAACACGAGAUUGUCAUCGAUUUUGAACCAAUAAGUGGAACACCCAUGGUGGCAAAGCAGAGGGUUCAAUUCAGCCUACUGCUUCUUCAAUCAGAUAAAAUGGAGCUGUUCAAGGAUCUGCCGAAUACCAUUGCACCACUGUUCUGGAUUGAAGAGGGUUUGGCUUUGAACAAAACAUUUGUGAACAUGCUAAAGUAUCAGCUGUUUAUCCCUAAGCGUAUCGUGGGGGUGAUACGCUGGCUCCUGGUUGCAGUGGGUACACUAGGGGGCUUGGCGUGCCUUGUAUUCCAUUUUAAAGAGGACAUCAUGCGCUUCGCAAUAACGACGGAGUCUCCAAGCAAAGUUAAACCAGAAACCCCUGAACCGAAAGAAAUGAAUUUGAACGGUACCACGGAUCAAGCACCACCUAUAAUAGAGAUCUAA